GAAGAGGGAAGUAUAAGAGGCUUGGAUUUCACCUCAGAUCACUGUAACAAGAAACUCUUCACUAAGCUUCUCAAAGUUUGAUGCUAUUAAAGGCAAAAGGCUCAGCCUCUAAACAGUGAUGGCUCUGAAAGUGCUGACAUGGAGGUCAUUUGCCGUUGGUCUGCUUCUGCUCGGGUUGUUUCAUCUGUGCCCUGCAGCCGGCAUGCCCAAGCAAACUCUGGCUGAGUGUUUGGAGGACAACGACUAUGAUAAGUUGCUAGACACUGUGAAAAAUGGCCUCCCACACAUUAACACACCCCAUCGUGUUAUAAUUGUUGGAGCGGGCGCGGCGGGACUGACGGCAGCCAAGCUACUGCAAGACGCAGGACACGAGGUAACUGUUGUAGAGGCCAGUGGUCGUGUUGGAGGACGGGUGGAGACCUACAGGAAUGAAAAAGAGGGCUGGUACGCUGAGUUGGGGGCCAUGAGGAUCCCAAAUUUCCACCACAUUGUCCUCUGGUUUGCUGAAGAACUUGGGAUCAAGCUGAAUGAAUUCAUCAUGGUUGACAUCAACACCUUUUACUUGAUCCAUGGGCUGAGAAAGAGGACUUACCAAGUGAAAGAAGACCCGGACGUCCUAGAGUACGACGUGGCAGAAAGUGAGAAAGGAAAGUCAGCUGACCAGCUGCUACAUGAUGCCUUAAAGAAGGUGAGAGAUGAAGUGAGGGAAAAUGGCUGCAAAGCUGCCCUUCUCAAAUAUGAUCGCUACUCUGUAAAGGAGUAUCUGAUAGAGGAAGGUGGUUUGAGUUCAGGAGCUCUGGAGAUGAUCGGGGACUUGCUCAACGAACAGAGCCUCAUGUAUCUGGCACUGACUGAGAUGAUAUAUGACCAGACUGACAUCAACGAUGACGUAAAGUACUAUGAAGUCAUCGGAGGGACAGAUCUCUUGACCACAGCCUUCCUCGAUGUCCUCCAUGUCCCCAUCCUCCUUAACUCUACAGUGAAACGAAUCAGCCAUUCAGAAGAAGGAGUAGUUGUAUCCUAUCAGUCAGGUGACCAGUCGUCUCUGACAGAUCUAUCUGCUGACACUGUCCUGGUAACUACCACAACUAAAGCAGCCCUUUAUAUGGACUUUCAACCACCACUCUCUGAAAAUAAGAUGGAUGCUCUGAGGGGGGUCCACUAUGACAGCUCCACUAAAAUCCUCCUCACAUUCAGUAAGAAGUUCUGGGAGGAUGAUGGCAUCAGAGGAGGGAAAAGCAUCACAGAUGGACCGUCUCGUUUCAUCUACUAUCCCAGCCACAGCUUCCCCAACAAUGAGAAAAUCGGGGUCCUGCUGGCGUCCUACACCUGGUCUGAUGACUCCCUCCUCUUCUUGGGUGCAAGUGAUGAAGAACUGAAGGAUAUGGCUCUGAAGGAUUUGGAGAAGAUCCAUGGUAGUCAUGUCAGGGAUCUGUGCACAGGGGUGGUUGUAAAGAAGUGGAGUACAGACCCUUACAGCUAUGGUGCCUUUGCUCUUCUUGCACCCUACCAGCAUGUAGAGUACGCAAGGGAGCUCUUCAGAAAUGAAGGCAGGGUUUACUUUGCUGGAGAACACACAGCUUUUCCACAUGCUUGGAUCGAGACAGCCAUGAAAUCUGCAAUAAGAGCUGCUACCAAAAUUAACGAUGAGGUGCAGAGAGAGUUCUUAGAAACUCAACAAAGAGAUGAGCUGUAAGGGUUCAGAGGGUUUUUCUUGGUGAAUGCAACAGGAAGGAUUGUUGUGAUUCCAUAUAACCAAGGAACUAAUUUGGUAAAACUAACAGAGUUUGGUAGGGAGAAGGGUUGCUAGGAAAUCUUUAAUCUUGCUCCUUUUGGUGGUAAAAUCACUACUGCUAACUUAAACCUUAAGAUUAAUUUUUUCUCAGUUCAACUGAUGCUUAAUUCUUCAAGCCAAAGCUAUUUUAAACAUUUAGUCUCACCUAGACUCGCUGCCUUAAAAAGCUUGUAAAACAUCAACCCUGUGGUCCAACAUCCUUUUUUUCAGGACAACCUGAACUUUAAGAAUGUGUGUGCUGCUGUAAUGUCACCUAAAGAGAAAGACACAAAGUAAAUAAUAAUGACUAAGACUGUUUUUUUUUUACACACGUUCUCCCAUCUCUUGGGGACCAAAAAGAUAAUUAUGCUGUGACAAAAAGCCUUCAAAAUAUUCACAUUUAUACAAAAAAAGUCAUUUCACUUCGAUUUGUUGCCAUUAUUAAAAGCUUCCUGACUGCAGAGACACAGAGGGCCACAUCACAGGCUCUCUGUCUCUCUUUCCCUCAGUUAUGAGCUAUUUGGCCAAAUCCUUCAUGAUCUAAAUGUUAAGACAUGCACACUUUGAUAAAGCAUGCCAUGACAAUGGACUAGCCUGCCCUUAGUUGUCACAGCCCUUCAGAAAUCCUCCUGGGAUACAACACGAUGUUUAGCAUUAGCCGCUAGUGGCAGAAACUAUUCAAAGUAUACAAAAAAAAGUCAUUCAAAAUUGGAUUUACCGAGGUGGUUUUAAUUUUUUAUGGUCCCUGGAAAGUCACCCAAGUUCCAGGCUUGUUAAAAAAGCUAACGUGUGAACUAUGAAUGCAGGGAUAGCGCCAUUGACACAAAAAAACGGAGAGCUUCCAGAGGUGUAAAAAGUGGUCCAAUAGAUAUUUCACUUUAAAAAAAUCUGUGUCUUCCUAUCGUAAACAACAAUGUAAGUUUAAGAAGGUUAACCCCUUAAAGCCUGAAAACACAAAUAAAAGCCAGAAAAUUGUAAUUUAUUGGAAUUGAAAUUUUUAUUCAUCUGUCGACUGAAAUUUAAAAAAAAAAAAAAAAAUCCAAAUUUCCA